AUGAGACACCGCGACUGUGAGAUAGCCAUCACAUGUGACGGCAAGCGUCUCGAAGAGUACAAUGUCCAAGUGGAGGGAAAUGUUGCCGAGUGCUAUAUAGCUAGCGAAAGUGACAAGGUUUUCGAGAUCAAGUGUAGCAACCACUUCUCGACGUAUUUCUCCGUGCAGACUACUGUCGAUGGCCAGCAGUUCCCAAGACGGUUGAGCGUCAAAGCGGGAUUCAAGAAUGAAACUCUGGAGUGCGCCGAUGGUGACGGGUUCAAGCCGUUGAUGUUCUCGAGAAUCUGUGUAACAGAUGACGACAAUGCACCGAGAAAGUCAAGCUACGCCGACAGCCUCGGUUUGAUUGAGAUACGCGUUGUCCGUGCAACGAUCGAGAAGGCGGUGCCCUGGACACCUCCGCCGGGUCCGGGUCCAAAAGCUAUUGGCCCUAUUCAUGAGACAAUGAAGAAAGGUGGGAUGCACUGUGUAUCCUUCGGAGCGACACAGCGACACAAGAAUAUUCCCGAGCUUGUAGUACCCUCGUACAUUGACCAGUGGUCUGCGCCAUACAUAAUCUUCAAAAUCCGAUACAAACCUCUUGUGAUACUCCAGGCGCAAGGCAUAGUAGAACCUGCAGUGGACCAGUCACGCCGUGCUGGGCCAUCUAGAAAUUCGCCAGUCGUGUCGAACCCAUUAUCGCCAGAACGGGAGGCUGCAAACGGUGCUCGGCGUCGCGACGCACAUGAUGCCUCUGAUUCCGACCGUCCUCGGAAACGGGCUCGUAAGGAUGGGUCGUCAGCGUCUCCGAGCUCGUCCAAGGGAGAGGGUGAUGAUGGCGACGACAACCUCACUGCGCUCCAGGCCCAGAUGCGUGCCAUACGACGCAAGAUCACCAAAGCUCAGAUACGGAAGAUCCAACGUGACCAGUCAACCGGAAUCAAGCGGGAGGAGUCCCCUAUCGAUGCUGGGGAGUUUCACGGCGGCGUCAUCGACUUGACGGAGGACUGA